AUGUUGCGAUAUAUAAUUUAUUGUUGGAAAGUGCUUAAACAAUAUCUAAGCCAUUGCAGUAUCCAUGGUGUUAGAUAUCUUGUUUCUGAAAAUAGUUUCUACAUUGAACGAUUUUUCUGGUUGUUCUUUUGUAUACUGAGUUGGUGGGGUUGUACUGUAAUGAUCAAGGAUAGUAUCUGCGAAUAUAUUGAAUAUCCUGUUGAUGUUACAACAGAAACAUUAUAUAUAAAUUGGGAAACUCCAUUUCCUUCAGUUGCAAUUUGCAUCAAGUUUUCUAUCGAAUUGAAAAACAAAUACAAUAUUAACAAACAGUAUGCUUAUAAAAAACAACCAUUAACAUUGGAAUCAUCAGGAUCUGAGAAAAUAAAUAUUACUGCUGAAGAAUUACUAAAAAGCUAUCAAUCAUUGCAGAUACCAUGUAAAGAUAUCUUUGCUAAUUGCAGCUGGAACAAUAUGAAAUUUGAUUGUUGUAGUGAAUUCAAACCACUGAACAAAACCGGCGUUGGUUAUUGUUACGUGAUUAAUUCUCGACAUAUCAAACCAUACGACAAUUCAAAUAUUAAAUUUUGGAUUAAUCGUACUACUGAAAAUGGAAAUCUUGUGAUUGAUCUUAUAGCAAAUAAAAAAUCAAAUAGUUAUAUUCCUCGCUAUAUUACCGCAUAUAUAUUGGAUAAUUUACAAUUACCGAAUAUUGCUACUCUACCUGAAUACGUAGUUAGAUCGAUAAGAAAAGGAUACUCUACUCGAACUGAAUUUUCAAUGGUACCUAUUUAUAAUGAACAACUUGUACAAUCUUUUUCAACAAAACAAAGAAAUUGUCGAUUUAGUCAUGAAACUGAUAAAGACAGUAUGUUCCAAAUUUAUAGUAGAGAUUCCUGUGCUAUUGAGAUAUAUAUACAAGAAAUGAUUAAGUAUUGUGGCUGUGUAAGUUUUUAUUAUUUUGCUCCUGCUGGUGCAAGAACAUGUAAUUUAACGGAAUUGCAAUGUUUAUCUGAGAAUAAAAAGGAUAUUUUAUCACUAACAACUAUAAAAAAAAAAUGUUAUUCUCUCUGUGAAGAAAACACUAUAAAUGUAUAUCAUAGUGAGCCCAUACAGUUUAAUCAUAUAGAUGACGAAAUAAUAAGAAUAGAUUUUAUGUCACUGGCUCGCCCCUUCGUACAAUAUCGUCGAUACGUUGUACACAGUCUUUUGGAUGUGAUAGUUGCAGUAGGAAGUGCUCUUGGAUUAUUUAUGGGCGCCAGUAUUCUCAGCUUCUUCGAAAUACCUUAUUGGCUUUUUCUUCGUCGUGAUCAAAUCGUAUGAACACGAUUGAUUUAUUUCGAAUAUAAAAUAUCAGAUAACCAAGAAAGUUCGUGACAUUUUAAUCAAUAAAGAUAGAUAAUAUAAAACAAUGACAAAAUAUGGGAAUAGCACUAACAUUCUUGAUUACCUAAUAUAAGCAUUUUUUGUUAUAAGUAUAUUCAGAAUAAAUUAAUACAAUACAACACAAAUUUAAUCAUAACUCUUAUCAAUAACUCGAUAUAGUAAAGAUCAAUAAAUCACUGUUAAUAAAAAACACGAGUAUUGUAAUUAUUAAACAGAAAACUUA